AUGCCUGGCAAGCGUGCUAAUUCAGCCUCUGCGGCGCAGCCCCGUCCGGCCAAGAGUCCCAAGACCGAUAAGAACAGCGGCGACGCGUCCUCACAGCCACCGCCGCGGAGCAAGCGCUGGUCAAAGGCCUGCGUCUCUGCCAACCUAGACGCCGACUAUGCUAAGUUCGUGGCAGAAGACUAUGAUCAUGCCUUUUCGUAUGUCUGCUUUUGCCCACCCUCUAGUGCGACCGAUGAGGAAGACGACGACUGGGAGACAGCGAGCUGUGCAAAUGAGGAGCCUGAGGACUCAGCAGAAGAUAUCAAGUCAAAGCCCAAAUGCGAUGGCGGCAAAAAAUGCUUUUGCCAGAAAUCUCCCGCAGGUCAUCCCGGAUAUCCGUGGGUGGCUUCACGUGCAGGCGUGCGGAAGUUCACAAACCAGCGUGUUCAUGCGGAUAUACGCUGCCCGGACUUUUUCGAUAUGUAUGUAUAUAAUGACUUCGCAGGUUUUGGUCUUGUAGAGGUCGCGCAAAACCUGGUCCUUGAUUUUGUGGAGGCCGAAGGCGACUGGAAAGAGCAGUGGGCGGUCUGUGAGGCUGUGGGUCUCUCCAUCAUGGGCGACAUGUUCAUGCCUAUAACACAAAUCGAAGAUGGAGAUCUCGCGAACGAUACAUUCUGUCUGCUUAUGGCGAUGUUCCUCACUAUGCUUCACAAGCUAGAGUCCCAGGAACUUCUUGGCCCAGAUUCGGAAGUCAAAAACCUGGGCUUGGUUAUGGCGCUGUACAUAUGUACAGCUUCCGACAUGCAUGACUACGGUAUUUGCGAAGGCAAUGACGAUAAGACGAACAAGGUUGCAGAGUUCUAUGAUGCAGACCACAAAAUUCUAGCCUAUGCUAAGAAAUACAACAUUGAGCUGCGCGGCCCGUCUAACAUCGACAGUUGUGUUGAAGACUUGGAUGAAGUUGAAUUACCCCCCGCCAAAAAGGACCCUUGGGGAUGGGCUGCUGUCCUUCAGCAGUAUGAGAAACUCCACGGAGAGCAGAGAAAGAAGCCUAAGAUUGGAGGAAUUCGACAUGACAUCACGGGGAUGAGCAGCGCAGAACGCCGGGGGAGCAGCUAUGACGGUAAAGACCCUCUCAAAAAGGCAGAGCUCGACAAAAUCAAGCAGGGCAUGAUUCUGCAAAUAGCCUAG